AGGAAAUGGAGUCGAAUUGGUGGAUCAAUUGUCCCUCCGUGUAUUCAUCAUCGUCUUCUUCGCGGCGUUGCCAAUCUCGACCAGAAUCGUACCUGGGAGAUGUCGAAGGAGAAGACAAUUUGAAAGCAGAGUUUAUCUGCCCGUUUUGUGCAGAUGAGUUCGAUAUUGUUGGGCUUUGUUGUCAUAUUGAUGAAGAGCAUCCUGUGGAGUCCAAGAACGGGGUUUGUCCUGUCUGCACACAGAGGGUGGGAUCGGACAUCGUUGGCCAUAUUACAACGCAACACGGAAACCGAAGGAGAAGGUUGCGUAGAGGUGGAUAUAACUCUGCCUAUCUUACGCUUAAGAAUGAGUUUCGGGAAGCAAGCUUACAGUCUCUUGGAGGAUCUGCCACUUUCAUUCCUUCAUCCAAUAUAGAUUCUGAUCAUUUGCUCUCAUCUUUUAUAUUUAAUCCUCCUUCGGCUAUACCCAUCACUGAAGGAGACUCGGUUACAAAAGUCUCACCUAAGGACACACCUAAAAGCGACAUACGACAAGUAUCACUCCCGAACGAAGAAGAUCAAGAGAAGGCAAGAAAGAGCGAGUUUGUGAGGGGUUUGAUGUUGUCAAUGAUGCUUGAAGACAAGUUC